CCAUGUGCUUUUGAGGAGUAUUUUCCAAGAAUAGAAGCUGUGAUUCUCUUUGGAGAGCCUGUCAGGUGGGAAACCCCUUUGCAGCUAAUUAUAGAUGUCCUGCUGACAAACGGACAUCCAGCGGAUGAUCUAGUGGAUAUACCUUAUCCACAUAUACCUGUCCUAGCAUGUAAUAUGGACCUUCUAUGGAUGUCAGAGCACAAGUUGCCCAGGUUGGGUCAUGGCUGUUUUAUGAGUGCUCUGGAAGGUUUGUACCAGAAAAUUACGGGCAAGGAAAUGAAGUACACAGCCCUGAUAGGCAAACCCAGUGAGCUGACGUAUCAUUACGCUGAUUUUCUUUUGACGCAACAGGCAAAGCUCCUCGGAAUAGAUCAUAUACGUACUAUCUAUUGUGUAGGAGACAACCCAGAGACGGAUAUAUACGGAGGAAACCUGUACAACAGAUACCUACAACGGAGAAAACAUAUAAAUGGCCAGGUGCAAGGAAAGAAACUGCGCAUCGCGGCCACACCUCAGGCACAUGCUGAUUUUCUUGACGAGGACGAAGAAGAUGAAUCUGAGGACACGCUGAUGUUUCAGAGUCACUCCGGUGCAAACCUUCGGGUGAUCAGAUCUCUGGAGGAGGACACAUCAGGGGUAGAAAAAGCUCAUAGUUGUGAGAGCAUCUUAGUGUGUACAGGAGUUUUCAAUACAAACACCGGCUUUGUGACAGUUUCCAGUAACAAGUUGUUCUCGCACAAUCAUAGAGACUUUGUGAUUGACCCCACACUGACAACACCCAGUCAUGUAGUCCCAAACGUGUUAGAAGCAGUCAAACUCGUUUUUGAAAAGGAGGAAUUCUCUUAA